CGGGGCUGGAAGUGACGCGGGCGGGCGGGGUUAUGAGGCGCUGAUGGCGGAGGCCCCAUGUUGUUGAUGUCACGGACGUUCUCCGCAUCUGUCUAGAUCCAUCAUGUCAUCCUUUCAAGAAGUUCCAUCUUCAGCUAGCACUUUGCAGACUUCCAAUUUUGCACAUGUGAUUUUUCAAAAUGUGGCAAAAAGUUACCUUCCGAACGCCCACCUUGAAUGUCACUACACUCUGACCCAGUUCAUCCAUCCUCAUCAGAAAGACUGGGUUGGUAUUUUCAAGGUUGGUUGGAGUACUGCAAGAGAUUACUACACAUUUCUUUGGUCACCUAUGCCAGAAAAUUAUGUGGAAGGAUCAACUGUUAACUGUGUACUGACUUUUCAAGGCUAUUACCUACCAAAUGAUGAUGGAGAGUUUUACCAGUUCUGUUACGUGACUCAUAAAGGAGAAAUCCGUGGAGCAAGCACACCUUUCCAGUUUCGUACCUCUUCCCCUGUUGAAGAACUGCUUACUAUGGAAGAUGAAGGAAACUCUGAUAUGUUAGUGGUGACCACAAAAGCUGGACUUCUUGAGUUUAAAAUUGAAAAAAUAAUAAAAGAAAAAGAAGAGCUAUUAAAGGUAACUUCUGUUCUGGAAAAGGAAACAGCCCAACUCAGAGAUCAAGUUGAAAGACUGGAAAAAGAACUUAACCAUGAAAAGCAGAGAUGUGACCAACUGCAAACAGAGCAAAAGACUAAUAUUCAAACAUCAGAAGCUCUUAAAACUGAAGUUGGUGAUUUGAAGAAAAAGCAUGAUCAGGCUGCUUCAAAAGUCCUCCAGCUUGAAGAAGAUAUCAUGACUGUUACUCAGAAAGCCAUUGCAAAAGAAACAGAGUUAGACAGUCUGAAGGACAAACUGAAGAAAGUGAUGCUUGAGAAGGAGCAACUUGAAUCUGUGUUAAAGACUGAAAAGGAUGAAAAAGAACUUUAUAAGAUACACUUGAAGAAUACAGAAAUAGAAAACAGCAAGCUAGUAAAAGAAAUCCAGACGCUUAAGAAUUUGGAUGCAAACAAAGAAAACAUGAUAUCCUAUUAUAAAGAGGAGGUUGGCAGAUUACAGCUAUUUGUAGCUGAAAAAGAAAAUAUGAAGAAAGCUGGUUUGCUCUCCUCAUCAAACAAGGAGGAUGCAAGUAUUUUAAAAGAACAGCUUCGGAAAGCCGAGGAUCAGAUUCAGGCUAGCAAGCAAGAGGCUGUCCUCAUGUCGAAAGAGCUGAGCGACGCGGUGAACGUGCGCGACAAGACGAUGGCAGAUCUCCACAGCGCGCGGCUGGAAAACGACACCUUGAAAAAGCAGCUCACCAACGCUUUAGCCGAGCUAAAAAAAGUCACAGCUUUGAAAAAUGAGCAGGAAACUUCAAACACGGUGGAGCUGGAGCUGCGCAGAGAAGUUGAAGAUCUGAAGCUUCGUCUGCAGAUGGCUGCCGACCAUUACAAGGAAAAAUUCAAGGAGUGUCAAAAACUUCAAAAACAAGUAAACAAGUUUACAGAACAGGCAAAAAUUGCAGGGCAUCAGCAGAAACCAACAGAUGCAUCUAACACUGAGACAGCUACUGCCAUCGUUACAGACAAAAAGUUGUCGGCAUGUCCAGUUAGCCCCAUUUCAUCUGACAUAGUUUCGGAAUUCAUGGUAAAGGAGCAAGUACGAGAAAUGAAUAAAGAAAUUGCUGAGAAAACAGAGAAGUAUAAGAAAUGCAAGCAGAUGUUGGCAGAGGAGAAGAUGAAAUGCAGUGUUUAUGCUGAUGAACUAGCCAAACUGGAGCUGAAGUGGAAAGAACAAGUGAAAAUCAAUGAGAGUAUAAAAUUACAGCUGGCAGCAAUGGAGGAUCAGUAUAAAGUUCAGCUGGCAGAAAAAGAGAGACGAAUAAAGGAGCUGGCAUCACAGUUUGAACUCUUUACCAGUGAGAAGGAACUUUGUAGGACCCCAGGAAGUCAAGCUGGGAGGCUGAUGGAAGGACAGGUUUCACAACAGUCACUGCAUUUCCGCAACCCUUAUUCGGAGGAAACUGGGCCAGUUCCUGCAGUGCCAAGCAGACUACCAGUACUGCAGUAUGGAAACCCUUAUGCAAUUCAGGAGAGAAGAGAUGGAGCAGAUGGCGCUUUUAAUCCUGAUGAGAUCCAAAGGCCCCCUGUUAGAACUUCCUUUUGGGAGCUAGAAGAUGAUGUGGUGUGUAGUCAGCCCUCACGCAAUCUUAGCCGGCCUGAUGGUUUAGAAGAUCCUGAGGAUAACAACGAUGAUGACAACACCGUACCUUCUGCUCCUGAUCCACCAAGUCUCCUCUUGCAUGAACGGGGACCAGGCUUCUGCUUCGAUUCCAGCUUUGACGUGCACAAGAAGUGCCCCCUCUGCGAUGUGAUGUUUCCACCUAACUACGAUCAGAGCAAGUUUGAGGAGCACGUGGAGAGCCACUGGAAGGUGUGCCCCAUGUGCAGCGAGCAGUUCCCACCGGACUACGAUCAGCAAGGCUUCGAGCGGCACGUUCAGACGCACUUUGACCAGAAUGUAUUAAAUUUUGAUUAAACACUUUGGGGUGUAGCUCAAGACCCUCCCAACUCUGAGCAGUCCACCUACGGAACAAAAGCAGUGCAGCUUCUCUGUAACCAUGCAAACUUCUAACUCAAAGCUACUAAUGUACUCACGGGAGCUGUGAUCAAUUGUGGCCAUAAGCUGCUGCUGGGCUCUCUUCUCUCCCUAUCUAACAUCAUACUAAAAGCCCCCACGAAACGCUCACUGUGUUGUGUGUGUAGCUAUCAGUUCCCUUACUUAGUGGAAUUUGCAAGAACACAGGAAUGACCUAGCCUCAGCAAAAUGGGAGCAGCUUCAUGGUGCUCUCCAGCUACAUUAAAAAAGCCCUCCCCAAAACACCUGUGGGUUCCCUCGAUAACCAGGGCGCGAUUGAAAAUGUAACAAACAGAUGUUCCUCCUAGCAAAUCUGUGCAGUUUUUCUUUCAGUAACAGUUAAAUCAGAAAGUUCUGUUACUUGCCCUAUUAAAGUAUAGUUUUCUAGUACCUUUCUGAAGCAUAGGUGCACGUAGGGUGACAUUACAUGCUUGCAACAAAAGGAAUGGCAGAUAGUUCAGUUUUACGUUCAGGCCGUUGGCCUUAAGAGAUAACUCUACAGUUAAGAACAUUAUACCUCGGGGCAGUAUUUUUGAGUUUUAAAGUGCUGUGCUUUAAAUGCCUACAAGUAAUUUGUUUUAACACAUAAAUAAAUAAUUGUUCUGUUGCAG